UGCUUGCUCCUUCCCGUUAUUAUCGUCGUUGUCGUCGUCGUCGUCGUCGUCGUCGUCGUCGUCGUCGUCGUCGUCGUCAUCACCCACGGAAGCUCAAGGUUAUUUGGAGAAACGUGAGCAUCUGACUCAUCAAUCCUUCUAACAAGAUUUGUUAGGUUCAAGACUUGAUGUUCUUGGCGCCGGAAAAUGCCACAGGCAUAUAUCUAUUGACCAGUACAGUAUAGCAACAAGUGCCCAAGAAUCUUGGUGCUGUCUCUCUCACAGGAGAUUCAAACAAGAUGGAUUUACAUGGGUGACAUCGAAGUUUGGAAUCUGUUGCAGAUUUGGCUUUCAUUUCAUUGCUCAUAUGAACCUAGAGGUGGAUUACAUGGAUGAUUUGAAUCCUUACGCUUCCUGGCCUACCCAACAGCACAUUGGAAGUUGAUAGAGAUUUUCUGCUGAGGCCAGUCCAAAGUCCAGAGUCUUAUUUGGAAAGAAAAUGAUUAGGUUUCACGUCUCCAAGUCUAGAUUUUCUUCAAGAUGGGAAAUGUUAUUGAGAAUGUAUAGUUCUAAUGGAAGAACAGAAGAAUUUUCUGAUCCAGUGAAACGAAUAUGUAAAAUUAUCAUGUCUUGCCCAAAUGUAGGGCUAGAAACCAGCCUCAAUGAGAGCGGAGUAAGAGUAUCACCAGAUUUAGUGGAGGAUGUCCUCAAGAGAGUUGAAAAUGCUGGUAUUCAGACCUAUAGGUUCUUUGAAUGGGCCGGGAAGCAGCGGAAUUACACUCACAGUGUCAGAGCUUGCCACACGAUGAUUGGAUCUCUUGCCAAGAUAAGGCAAUAUCAGAUCAUGUGGGAUCUGGUGAACAGCAUGCGGAGCAAAGGGCUUCUAAAUGUUGAGACUUUUUGUGUGAUUAUGAGAAAGUAUGCCAGGGCACAGAAGGUGGACGAGGCAGUUUACACCUUCAAUGUUAUGGAUAAAUAUGGAGUUCCCCCAAAUUUAGCAGCUUUCAACAGCCUUCUAAGUGCAUUUUGCAAGUCCAAGAAUGUGAGGAAGGCGCAGGAGAUAUUUGAUAGUAUGAAGGAUAGGUUCACUCCUGACUCCAAAACUUACAGUAUAUUGCUGGAGGGAUGGGGUAAGGCUCCAAACCUACUGAAGGCAAGGGAGAUCUUCAGAGAGAUGGUUGACAUAGGUUGUGAUCCUGACAUUGUGACCUAUGGAAUCAUGGUUGAUGUACUCUGCAAGGCAGGGAGAGUUGAUGAAGCCCUUGGAGUUGUUAGAGACAUGAGUUGUAGUGGUUGUUGGCCAACUUCUUUUAUAUACAGCGUCUUGGUUCAUACUUAUGGGAUAGAGAACCGGAUUGGAGAUGCAGUUGACACAUUUCUGGAGAUGGAGAGGAAUGGAGUAAAGGCUGAUGUUGCUGUGUAUAAUGCUUUAAUUGGUGCUUUCUGUAAAGUAAAUAGGUUCAAGAAUGCCUACAGGGUUUUGGAUGAGAUGGACCAGAAGGGAAUACCACCCAAUUCAAGAACCUGCAAUAUCCUUUUAAACAGCUUGAUAAGCUCUGGUCAGACAGAUGUGGCAUAUAGGGUUUUCCGCCGGAUGAUCAAGGUGUGUGAACCUGAUGCUGAUACAUACACAAUAAUGAUAAAAAUGUUUUGUGAGACAGAUGAGUUGGAGAUGGCUUUGAAAGUGUGGAAGUACAUGAGAUUGAAGCAGUUUGCUCCAAGCAUGCACACCUUUUCAGUACUUAUUAAUGGAUUGUGUGAGAAGGGUGAAGUUUCCAAGGCUUGUGUUUUCUUGGAAGAGAUGAUGGAAAAGGGCAUUCGGCCAUCCGGUGUAACAUUUGGGAGGUUGCGGCAAUUGCUUUUAGAAGAAGGGAGAAAAGAUGUAUUAGAAUUUCUUCAGCAGAAAUUGAACCUCCUGGUUGAAGAGCCUUUAUGUGAUUGAGGAAUUAUAAAUAAAAAGCCAUGUACUCAACAUUGGAAUUAUAUGGAUCCAGACAACUUGUUGGUUGUAUUGAAAUACGUUGGUCAUGCUUACCAGGUACAAUACCUUGUGAAGUUUUUGCAGGUCAGUUGUCUAAAUGGCCCACCAUACUUUACUCCACUAUUUUAGAGAUGGGCAGCAGAAAAGAGAUAAUGCUGGCGAAAGGUUUGGGACUGCAAAUGCGCCACCAAAGAUUGUACUGGAGCUACAGAAGUGUGUGAGACAGGUACUUCCAUUAAGUCAAAUCAUCUUGAGUAAAAUGCCAAUAGAUGAUUCUUCAGCCUUGUGUGAAGGAGAGCUGGAUAGCAUUGAUCAUGUCAUGCUUCACUGCCUGCUUGCAAGAGAACCAUGGUUUGUGGGUCCCUAAACCUGAGGAAAGUUCAGAAAUGGAGCUUCUGGUGAGUCUGGAUUAUAAGAUUGUAGACAAAAAGCAGAGAGAGCUGGCACAUUGAUGAUUUCAUGGAUGUUGCUGACACAUAUUGACAUUAUGGAAGUUCAAGAGGGAAGCUGGAGGGGAUGUAAAAUCAGAUUAUUCAACUGGCAAUCGUAAGGGAGGAGUAGAACAAAGCUUCUAGAGUGAGCUUCGUUCGAAGAUUAUGAAGAAGAAGAUGUAAAUGGGGAGGAAAGCUGUUUGGGAAUUGGUUAGAACCCCCAAUAACAUAGACUAAAAUUAACACUAAUGCGUCUUUCCUUCAUAGUGGCUUUUACUGUGGACCAGGUGUUACAAUCAGGGAUCCAUGACUAUUGCAGAUGCAGCAGGAUGAACAGGAUUUUCAUCAGUAACUAAAGCCGAGGUUUGAGCCACGGUGGAAGGACUAAAGCUUGAACAACGGCAACAAUGUCAAAGCCUGAUUUUGAGGACACAAACAAUGAAGGAACCAUGGAAUUGUUGGAGGAUGUGCUACUUGGCCAUGAACCUGUAUAUCUUUCUUUGUCUGAAAUUGCAGAACUAUACAACUUUAUAAGAAAUUUUGUAUUGAACAUGUUAGCAGGAACCUGGGCUAAUCGGCAACCCUCAAGUUUUAUUCGUUUAGUCACUGAUGACUUGUAAGUUAUCAGAAGUAAUGAAUCACUAAAACUUCCUGGAAACAAAGCUGUGUGUGCA